GUUGCCCCGGGCGCCGGGCCCCGGUUCCCCGCCGCCCCUCCCUCGGCGCUGGGCUCCUGGCGGCGUCCGGGGCGGGGCCGUUCCCUCCAGAGCCCCUGUCCCUGAGCCGACACGCCCACCCGAGAGGCGACUGGGGCUGGGCCUCCUGCCGGGCUGUCGGCGCGGUCUCCCCCAGGCUUGGCUCCGGGGCUGGCGGUGCCCUCGGCGGCGGGCGCGGCGCUGGGGUUGGGGAGCACGGGGCGCGGCCGUAGGCUUAGUAGGGUUCGACUAGGGCCUGCUGGCCUCUGACCUGACUUUCCGCCUCUUCCCAGUCCCGCGCCUUUGAUGGAGGAAGUGGGGGGACCCCGGAUGGGCACUUAGGGAAAAAGGGCGAGGCUGGAGGAAGGACAGUCUCCGUCCUGGCUUCUGAACCCGCAGGGACGGAGCGAUUUCACACCUGAUGGCCUGACAGGUGGAUGAACUCCUGUCCUUUCGGUAACCGAGGCAGCUGCCCCCCCUCCCCCCGCCCCGUCUCAUUUUAUGGCAUUUCACGGAAUCACUUUCAAAUCACCUGUCUCUCCCAGACCUGAUAAUGGCAUUAUUGCUUUGGCUGGGAAGUGCUGGAUUGGUCCGUGGCGCUGAAGUUCUCAACAAGAACAUGGACCCCUUCGUUAUCUUAAAAUAACAAAGCUAGCUGAGGACCCACAGCGAGUGACAUUUUUCAAGUCUUUGAUACUUCCGCAGUGCUGGGGAAGACAGACAGGGACACUAUCCGGAAAAAAAUAUCCAGGCGAUUAUGACUAUGGAGAAAUGUCGGCCUGGAUUAGAUAUCUUCUGCAUAAUGGCAGAGGUGAAAGGAGAAACAGUGCGCCAUGUCUUUGCAGGACCCCACUCUCGGCAGAGAGGGGAACACAGAGGAAGAGAUUAUGGCUGCUGUGGUUUUUUCUGUUGGACCUCUGAAGUGACCAAGCUUAAUAGAUGACAUGGAGAGAAAGAAGAUGUUUAAGACACAGAGCUUGGCUGUAGGGUGCUUACAGUCUCAUUGAGGUUCUUUUUUGAAGCCUCCUUUAAAAACUAUGCGGUUGUAUCUUUCUCAGUCUUGUGUUUGUCAUUGUCUCAAACAAAGUUGAAGAAGAUGAUUGGAUGUUACUAUGGGAUGAAUCCUGAAGUUUCCAAGCCAGAUGAAGACCUUCGCCUUCAGGCUGAAGAGCCAGAAUUGGAAAAGGAUUCUGUGACAUUUAAAGAUGUGGCUAUAGACUUCUCAUUAGAAGAGUGGAGGUUGAUGGACCUUUCCCAGAGGAACCUGCACAAGGACGUGAUGCUAGAGAAUUACAGGAAUCUUGUCUCCCUGGGGCUUGCAGUUUCCAAACCAGACAUGAUAUCUCACCUGGAGGAUGGCAAAGGACCGUGGGUGGUAGUGAGGGAAAUUGCAAGAACCCCCUACCCAGAGCUGGGGACCAAACCUGCAGCCAAGAAUGUUGUAUCAACAGAAAAUACUUCUGAAGAUGUAUCACAAGAGACCAUAAGAGAUAAACUCACAGAGAACAGUCUGUGGAACCCCAGCAUGGGAGGAUUAUGGAAAUGGAAUGAAAGGAUAUUGAGAUUGCAAAAUAGUCAGGAAAAUCAUUUGAGUCAAAGAAUAGUUACUCACAAGAAAAUUUCCACUGGUCAAAGAGGAUUUAGAUUUGGAUCUAUUCUUUUUCCAGAAGCGGGAGUUAUCACAGAAGGGCCCCACAGCAAAUGCCAAACACGUGAAAGUUUCACUGAGAAUUUAGAUUUGAUUACAGAUACCCAUCUAGGAAAGAAAAUCUGCAAGGAUACAGAAGGCAGCAAAGCUGUAAGGCCUACUUCAGAACUUACUUUAGGAAAAAAAUACAAUAAUAAAGAAAAACCCUAUAAAUGUAGUACCUGUGAAAAGUCCUUUCGUUACAGGUCAUUACUCAUUCAACAUCAGAGAACGCACACUAAAGAAAAACCUUAUGAAUGUAAUGAAUGUGGGAAAAUGUUCAGCCAGCCUUCAUAUCUCAGUCAACAUAAAAAAAUUCAUACUGGAGAAAAACCCUAUAAGUGUAACGAAUGUGGAAAGGCCUUCAUUGCUUCUUCGUCACUUAUGGUACAUCAGAGAAUUCAUACUAAGGAGAAACCUUAUCAGUGCAAUGUCUGUGGAAAAUCUUUUAGCCAGUGUGCUCGCCUUAAUCAACACCAGAGAAUUCAAACCGGAGAGAAGCCCUAUAAAUGUAGCGAAUGUGGGAAAGCUUUCAGUGAUAAAUCAAAACUUGCAAGACAUCAGGAGACUCACAAUGGAGAGAAACCCUACAAAUGCAAUGAUUGUGGGAAAGCCUUUAGGAAUAAGUCCUAUCUUAGUGUACAUCAGAAGACUCAUACUGAAGAGAAACCAUAUAAAUGCAAUGAAUGUGGGAAAUCUUUCAAGAAUACCACAAUUUUUAAUGUUCAUCAGAGAAUUCAUACUGGAGAGAAACCCUUCAGAUGUAAUGAAUGUGGGAAAGCCUAUAGAAGUAAUUCCAGCCUUAUUGUACAUAUAAGAACUCAUACUGGGGAAAAACCUUAUGAAUGUAAUGAAUGUGGGAAAGCAUUCAAUCGUAUAGCAAAUUUCACAGAACAUCAAAGAAUUCAUACAGGAGAAAAACCCUAUAAAUGCAACGAAUGUGGAAAAGCAUUCAUUAAUUAUUCAUGCCUUACCGUACACCACAGAAUGCAUACAGGAGAGAAACCUUAUAAAUGUAAUGAAUGUGGAAAGGCCUUCAUGCGUUCUUCAUCCCUAAUUAUACAUCAGCGGAUUCAUACUGAAGAAAAACCUUAUCUAUGUAAUGAAUGUGGGGAGUCUUUCAGAAUAAAAUCACACUUAACUGUGCAUCAGAGGAUUCAUACUGGAGAGAAACCGUAUAAAUGUACUGACUGUGAGAGGGCAUUUACCAAAAUGGUAAAUCUCAAGGAGCAUCAGAAAAUCCAUACUGGAGUGAAACCUUAUAAAUGCUAUGAUUGUGAGAAAUCUUUCAGGACUAAGUCCUACCUUAUCGUACAUCAAAGGACCCAUACUGGGGAAAAACCAUAUAAAUGUAAUGAAUGUGAAAAGGCUUUCACUAACACAUCGCAACUUACCGUACAUCAAAGAAGGCAUACUGGAGAAAAACCCUAUAAAUGUAAUGAGUGUGGGAAGGUUUUCACAAGUAACUCAGGCUUUAAUACCCAUCAGAGAACACAUACUGGAGAGAAACCAUUUAAAUGUAAUGACUGUGGGAAAGCAUUUAGCCAGAUGGUACACGUCACAGAACAUCAGAAAAUCCAUAGUGGAGAGAAACCCUAUAAAUGCGAUGUCUGUGGAAAAGCCUUCAGGAGGGGUUCCUACCUUACAGUGCAUUGGAGAACACAUACUGGAGAAAAACCCUAUACGUGUAAGGAAUGUGGAAAAGGUUGUAUCACUCUAUCACAGCUAACUCUUCAUCAGAGAAUUCAUACUGGGGAAAGGCCCUACAAAUGUGAAGAAUGUGGAAAAGCCUUCAGAACCAACUCAGAUUUUACUGUACAUUUGAGGAUGCAUACUGGAGAAAAACCCUAUAAAUGUCACGAAUGUGGAAAAGCCUUUAGGAGUAGCUCAAGCCUUACUGUACAUCAGAGAACCCAUCAGAGAGAAACUCAGUUAAUAUAAAAAGUAACAAACCAUUCAUCCAGAUGUCAGCUCUACAAGGAGAAUCUUAUAAACUGUGUCUUUUAUGAAUGUGGGAAAACUUUCAGGAGCAAUUCACUAGAAAACACACACUUAAGGGAUACUUUAUAAACAUAAAAAUGUGGAAAACUCAUAUUAAAUCUUAGAAGUUACAAGCAAAUUCACAGUAGAGAAAAAUAGUGGACAAAUGAAAGCCUUCACCCAGAUUUCAUACUUUGUUCACUUAAAUUAUCUUCAAUGAAUUGCCUAUAAUUUUUUACCUAUUUUUCUAUUGGUUUGUCUUUCUUACAAAUCUGGAGGUGCUCUUUAUAUACUUGAAAUAUGAAUCCUUUGUCAUGUGUGUUUGAAAAUUUUUUAAUCUAGCAUUUGUUUUUAUGCUUUUUUAUAUGGUAAAAGAAGUUGCCACAUUUUAAUUUUUCAUAGAUAUUUAUUUUCCUUUUUAGAUUAAUUUACUCUUUUAGUUAAAAGAGUCUCCUUAAUCCCUAGGUUAUACAUAGUGUUCUAAAUUUGUUUCUAAGAUUUUGUUAAUUUUAUAUUUUAUAUUAAAGUCUUUAAUCUGUCUGAACUAGAUGGCUAGUCAUAGAAGAGCAAAUUGCCAUUAAUCUCUGAAAAUAUUAUAAACCUAAGGUAGUACUCAGGGAAAUGCAAAUUAAAACAACCAAUGAGAUGUCACCUCCACUAAAUGGAGUUGGCAAAAAUUAAGAGAUCUUUUGGUAGUGGGAUUUGGGAAACCAUGUACUCUUAACACAAACGGUUAUAUCGACUUCUGUUUCCACCAGCAGUUAAGCAAUAUGUAUUCAAAUAUUUUAAUAACAUUUUAAAAUAAAAAUACUUUGACCUAGCAGUCUCACUUUGGGGAUCUUCCCCACAGAAAUAACAGCAUCAGUGCGUAAGAAUACACAUAAGUCAGGAUUUUUGUUGAAGUACUGUUUGUAGAGGCAAAGUAGAAAACCAAGUGGAGACUAAGUGAAUGCCCAUUAAUUGGGAAAUGGUUGAAUAAAGUGUGAUAUAGCCAUUCUAUGGAACAGCAUGAGUAAUUUUUAAAAUUAGUUAUAUCUACACUAGUUGAUCUCAAGGUAUUUCCACAAUUUUUAAUAACUAAUUGCUUUAUUGCAGAGCUUUAUGUGUACAGGAUUUCAUUUUUUGUUAAAUGGUCAUUCCCAUUUAUGUAUAUAUGUGUAUGUGAUGAGCAUGGAAACAAGUAUAUAUACUUGGCUGAAUAUAUACCAAGCUGUUAAUAUUGGUUACCUUGAAGGCAGGGAGAAGAGAAGUAGGGGAAAGGACUAGAAAAAAAACUUUUUUUAAUGUAAGUGCAGCAUGUAUGGUAUAAAAUUCUAUAUAAAACUGUAUUUGUAUGAACUUUUGAGAACUACGAAUGAAGGAUGGUCUCCAAAAAGUUAGAUUGUUUUAGAGUUGGGGGAGUAUGCAGUACUUUUUGUCCGAUUACUGCACUUCUAUGUAUUUUAUAAGCUUUCCUUCCCAACAAGCAUGUGAUAUUUAACAUAAACAGGAAACACCAAUUUUACUUGUGAAGGUAAUUUACUGGACACCUGUUAUGUACCAAGAAUUACCCUAAUAUAUUGGCAGGGUAGGGACAGUCAGGAAUCUAAGAGCAUGGGAAUUUGUUCUGAUGCUGCAUAGAUUCCAAACAAGUUACCCAGCACCUCAUUACACCCACCGUCUCGGUUUCAUUUAGAAGAGGUAGUAAUUUCAGACAAAUGAGAAACGUACCCAAGAAUAUCUGGAACUUGUGUUCAGGCUAUAAAUCAGAAAACUGCAAGCCUCAAGAGAAGCUCCACCUUCAACAUGGCACCAAAGAAAAGGCCACAGUGAUGAAAAGUUCCAUGUACAGCCUCAUAGAACAUUACAUGAUGGAAUAGAGAGAGGGGAAACAGCCAGACACCCGAGUCCAUAAAAAAGGAAGUCUUGGGAGUUCUGGAAAUACUAAGAGUCCUGGAACAAAGAUGAGAACCAAAAGGCUAUGGCCCUGAUAUCAGAAGGCCAUAACAAACCAUGGACCUGAUACCCAAAAAGGACAAGACAUGAUGAGCUAUACUUCAGUGGAGGCUGAAGAAAAGAGAAUCCCGGUACUCCUCCCACAAUGUUGGAAUAUGUAUAUAUCCAAUAUUGGGGAGGAGAUAUUGGAUAAAUGAUAGGAGCUACCUCCCAUUACAAGUAAAUAAUUUGACACUGGUUAAAAUGACCAUUUCUGAUUGAAUUUUAAUAAUGGAAUUUAUGAAUUGUUACCAAGAGACAUACCUCCUUUGGAUGUAAUGUAUGGGUUUCUGAUUGGAAAGUUUAGAGUUACACCUUGACAUACUAUCCUUAAGAAACCUUGCUGUUAAACAGUUGACAUGACUUGAUGCCUACUCUGUCAGCUGCUUCUUUCUACCUCCUAACCCUCACCACACAUAAAACCCUCUGCCCUGCUUUAGAGCCAAACAUUUCAAGAAGAGGAGCAUCGUCAGCAGGUUCAAAUGACAUAACUGAAAAGUGUCCACAGGAUUAGGGGACGGAGAUGGCACAAGAGCAGUUUCGGGGCACCUGGGUGGCUCAGUCGGUUAAGCGGCCGACUUCAGCUGGGGUCAUGAUCUCGCGGUCCGUGAGUUCGAGCCCUGCGUCGGGCUCUGCGCUGACAGCUCAGAGCCUGGAGCCUGUUUCAGAUUCUGUGUCUCCCUCUCUCUGAACCUCCCCUGUUCAUGUUCUGUCUCUCUCUGUCUCAAAAAUAAAUAAACGUUAAAAAAAAUUUAAUACAAGAGCAGUUUCAAUGGAGAGGUAAGCCUGGUUCUAAUGUAUGGCAGUAUCUCAUUAUAGGUUGAAUUUGCAUUUCCUUUAUGGCUAAUGAUGUUGAGUCUCCUUUUAGGUGCUUUUUGAAUAUCCUCCUUUGAGAAGUGCCUGUUCAAGACUUUUGCCCAUCUUGGGAGGCACCUGGAUGGCUCAGUUGGUUAAGCGUCUGAGUUCAACUCAGUUCAAUGGAGUGCAGCCUGGAGCCUGCUUUGGAUUCUGUGUCUCCCUCUUUCUACCCCACCCCCGUUCGUAUGCUGUGUCUCUCAAAAAUAAACGUUAAAAAAACUUUUUUUAAGACUUUUGCCCAUGUUUUAAAUUGGGAACUCUGUUCAUUUGUAGGAUUCUAUAUUCUGGGUGCAAGGUACCUUUUUUUUAAUAUUUUUUUGGGGGGAGUGCAAGUGGGGGAGGAGUAGAGCGAGGGGGACAGAGGGUCUGAAGCAGGCUCUGCGCUGACAGACUGACAACAGUCAGCCCAAUGUGGGCUUCAAACUUGCAAACCACAAGGUCAUGACCUGAGCCGAAGACAGACACUCAACCAACUGAGCCACGCAGGUGCCCCACAAGGUACUUUUUAGAUACUUAUAUCACAAACAUCAUCUCCAGCUUGCCUUUUCACUCUCCAAAUGAUGUCCUUCAAUGAACAGAUGUUUUUAAUUUUAAUAAAAAAUAACCUAUUCGUGCUU